GAAUUGUUCCUUGUUACGUAAUGUAACACCAUAUAAAGGUCUAUUGCUAAGGAACCUUGGGAGCAAGACAGCAAAGGCUCAAUAAUCAAUAACCUAUUCUAGUACUCCGCAAUCAGAACCCUUGGAAUUUCAUCUUCAUAGUGGUCCUCCACAGUCAUGCAAUUAUCAUAAUUAUCGCCAGUAGUAACACUCACUCUCUACCUGUGCGUCAUACUUGAAUUGUAACAAGGACUCAGAGAAAGCGUCUUGCGUUGUCUUAACAUUAUUCAUCAGGUUCAUUGCAACAUGUUCAUAGCAUCCACGGAAUAAACUCCACCGAUCUUUUACUGAUUUCGAGCGAGUAUUUGUGAUACAUUUUGGUAAAUAUUCGAAAAGCAUUAUCAUGAUAAUCGUCGAUGUUCAGUCCACUGGAAUUACCACGAGUUAUUAACCAACAGGGGGCCUGCUCAUCAAAGUAAUUUUGACCAGCUUAUUUGGCCUAAUCACGGAUAAAGCAUUGAGAGCAAGUAUAUCUUAAAAGGCACUGUAUCUGCAUAAAUAGCUCUAUGGUAUCUGGAUGUAAAUGAGUAAAAGCAUUACAUCGAAUUUUAUCAUCUCUCAUCAUAGUACGAUUUCAAUUCGCUUUAUAGUACCAGAUGCCGGACCGAUAAUAUGCUUCUAUGAUUGCUGUAAGAACCUCUGAACAUUUCCCAUUGUCUUGUGCGACUCUUUCUCCUGUCAAAAUAUUAUAUCCAAAUUACGUGCUCCUUAUCAAGGCCUGCUUUUAAACGCAGUGCUCAAUGAAUUUCAUUGGUUGAUUAUUGGACAACGUUUAAACCAUAACUCAACGGAUUUAUUUGCGUAUAUCAGCCAUCAAACGAAUACAACUCUCGGAUAAAUGUGCAGUGAUACAGAACCUUGAUCUCACGUUUUCCUGCUAGAAGCAUUAGAGUAGCAGGAUGGCGCGAAAACCCAAUCUUGAAACACUAUGUGGACUUAUAUUCUUGGUCGGGAUCGCAUGUCUGUUCAUGCUCACCAAUGGCAGUACGAAAGAUCGCUCGUUACACAACUACAGUAAAGAUGUCAGAAAAAUACUCGGAGAAGAUGAAAGAAUGACAGACUCUGAACAACGUAAACAUGACAGAUUUACAAAGGACCAAAGCCUCACUGCCCUUUCAAGUAGCACGGUCGAAGCAGAUCGCCAACGCAUCUCUAUUCUUCAACAACGCAAGGCACGGUUAAAGGAACAGUGCGCCCUCAUAAAGGAACACCAUCAAGUCCAAGAUGUAGCCCUAGAUCCGCCAGAACAACUCAUUGUCAACGAAGAGUAUCGGAUUAUCUACUGCAACGUACCGAAAGUAGCCUGCACUAACUGGAAGACCAUUUUCCUGGAGCUAGGGGGGUUUAGCGAAUUCAAUACUUCGAGAGAGGCACACCUUGGGGCUAAUAAGAAAGGUCGGCUCUAUCUUGAUUACCUACACAAGUACAAUGUCAGCCAGAGGCGAUUUAUGCUGCAGAACUACACGAAGUUCGUCUUCGUCAGGCACCCUUUCAAUCGCGUUCUUUCUGCUUUCCGAGACAAGCUUGCUCCAAACAUUUCCGUCUUUUUCCGGAACGAAGAUCGAAAGGGGACUUGGAUCUCGCAGUACGGGCAGCGGAUCAUUGACCGUUACCGCGGUAAGGCUGAAGCUGAUAGAGUCAACUCGAACUGGAAACAGCAAUACGACCUCACCUUUACAGAAUUUAUCCGCUUUUUGGUUGAUCCUGGAAUACAGUCGCACAACAAACACUGGGAUGAUAUCCAUUCUAUAUGCAAGCCUUGUGAUAUCAAUUACGACGUCAUCGGCAAAUACGAGACGAUGAGCGAUGACGCAGACUUUGUUCUCAGACUUGCGAACAUUGACCCCAAAAUAAAAUUUCCUAAACCACAUCCGUCCCAUGUGACGAAUAGUUCGGACGGAUCGCUGGCUGAUACGGUCUAUAAAGGUGUUCCUAAAUCACUUAUGUAUAAACUGGCGAUGCUGUAUGCUGCCGAUUUUAAAUUGUUUGGGUACGAUGCUGACCCAUAUUUACAAAUCUGAAAUCUGAAGUGAUGUGUGUUAUGUUGCCGAUUUUGUAGUGUAAUUCAUAAUUCGUAUUGGAUAGGGACUUAGGGUUGGUCUAUCGAGGUAUGCAAGCGAUCGACCCCAACAUGGAUAAAAAAAAAAAGAGCAAGGAAAGAAAGAAGAAAUAAAGACGACUUAAAAACAAGGUCUCUCUAAAUAUGAGAAAUGAAAAAGACGUCAAAAAAAAUCUUGCCGCAUAUCUAUUAAUACCCUGCCGUCAUCCCAGGUCUUGGUCGUAAAUGUAAUAUCAACGGCAAUUAUUCAAGUGGUGUUUGGCUUUGUUUAUCCAGGCAAAAACUUCAAGACAGUCUCACCUACCUUCCAAUAAGAUUUAAUUCGGAUAUUUCGUACAAAAAUAUAAGAGUGUACAAAUAAGUUUUGAAGGAUAUAUGUAUGGUGUUUUUUUUAAGAUCGCCGUUAUCAGCUGUAUCUAUUAUUCCUGUGUGCCGACAUUUAUAGUCAUCAAUUAUUGAGGGAGAUAUCUUAUAUCAUUACUUUUCAAAACAAAGCAUCGUACGGUGAGUGAAUAGGUCUCUAAUUAGGUUGUUACAUCCCAUGUUUAUUUUGUUUACCAUAAGAUACUUUAAAUAUUUGUAUUCAGAAGUAGUAUUACUUUUCACAUAAAUUUCAGACACAAACAUAAAACAAAACCGGAGCACUAAUUCCAAUUUGAUACCAUGUAUGGCAGUGAAGAACAGAGAUGGUUUUCAUGAAUCAAAUGCACUCUGAAAAUUAAAUGGAGGAAAUGGGUAAAUCGCCCUUUAAAACGAUCGCGGAGUGACAGCUUUUUUGCAUUUUUAAUAAGGUUGGACGUCUUUCCUCGGCGCUUUUACUCCUUUUCGCCUUCUGUGUAUAGAGUAUGUUAUGUACAUAACCAAAUCUUAUUUGACAAAACAAAUUGAAGGAUUUCAGUAGCAUAUAUAACAUUAAUUUGUAACUUGUCAUCGAUAUCAUGAUGCGUUUGUCAGGGGAGUAUAUCAUGAAAGAACUUGUCUGAAGUCUUAUCUGACACGUCCUAAUUUAUCCGGCAGUUACCAUAGUAACAAUGAUUCUCAGUCAAUCAGAGUCGAGGAAAUUUGUCAGAUCUGACAACUUGUCGGACAACAAAUAUUAAUGAAACGCUCUUUUGAAUUAGGGUCGAAAUCAUUGAUGUAUUCGAUCUCCUACCUUGUAUUCUUGUUUAUUAUUUAUAAUUUAACCUAGUGACAAAUUUGUUUCAUAUAAUUUAGUAAUGCCAUAAAAAUAUCAUGGUUUUGUAUUUCAACUCGUAUGCUUUCGCGUUGUCCAAUAGAAUCAGCAGCGUUAGUAUAUACAUAGUAUAUAUACAUGUAUAUAUAUAUAUAUAUAUAUAUAUAUAUAUAUAUAUAUAUAUAUAUAUAU